GUAGAAUGUGGAUAAGACUUUACUUGAGAAUAUAGGAAUGCAGAAAUCUAUGCUGAUCUAUGCGCAUGUGACAAUGUCAAAAUAUGGAUGUUCACUAAUAAUAAUCCUUUCGCAUUUUAGAGUUGAAAUUAAAAUGAAGUGACGGUGAAUCAGUAUUAGAAAGUAUUGUUAGAACGUCAUAAUGAAGAGAUUUCAUUCACUAUUACUAACAUGCUGUAUCUGUCUUUACAUUUCUCAGAUUAAUACUCUUAGUAGAAAUCUAAAAUACUAUGAGACACUGCAUGCAUCACACUUUCAACAUAAUAUUGUGAAAAGGGGUACGCAGCAUAGUUAUCAUCCGUACAACAAAAUCAGUGAAUUAGAAUUUUAUAGUCAUGGACGACACUUUCGAUUAAUUCUAACACCUAGAAGGGAAGUUAUACAUUCCAAUUUUAAGGCAUAUGAGGUAGAUGGUGAUGGAAAGGAAAAGACAGUACAUUUAGAUCAAGACAAUUUUUACCAUGGCCGUGUUUUUGGAGAAAUGGAUUCUCAUGCCCAAGUACAUAUUGACAAUGGUGUUCUUACGGCUACUAUUGCUAUACCUGAUGAAACAUUUCAUAUAGAGCCAUCAUGGAGACAUCUUCCAUACACAGACAACAAAACAAUGAUUAUCUACAAGUCAUCGGAUGUGAAACUCAGUUGGGAACAUUUUGAAGGAGGAGAAGGUCAUACUCAUGGAGCACCUAAGACAUGUGGCUAUAUUAAGGAACAACCAGAAUCCAUUAAAGAGGGAAAUGAAGAAAUAGAACAAUUUUAUUAUGAUAAAAUUACUGCACAUAACAGAACAAAAAGACAAACUGAAACUUAUGAAUAUACACCAACAAAAACUCGUUGCCCUUUAUUGUUAGUCGCUGAUUAUAGGUUUUACCAAGAGAUGGGUGCAAGUAGCACAAAGACAACAAUUAACUAUCUGAUCAGCUUAAUUGACAGAGUACACAAAAUCUAUAAUGAUACGUUAUGGCAAGAACGUCAAGAGCAAGAUGGCUUCAAAGGAAUGGGUUUUGUGAUUAAAAAAAUUGUCGUUCAUAGUGAACCAACACGUGUUCGUGGUGGCGAAACCCAUUAUAAUAUGGUUCGGGAAAAGUGGGAUGUUCGAACCUUAUUAGAGGUUUUCAGUCGUGAAUACAGUCACAAAGAUUUUUGCUUGGCUCAUUUGUUCACUGACUUAAAAUUCGAGGGUGGAAUUCUUGGACUAGCUUAUGUAGGAUCACCCCGUAGAAAUUCUGUUGGGGGAAUUUGUACGCCAGAAUAUUUUAAAAACGGAUACACUUUGUACUUGAACUCUGGAUUAAGUUCCAGCAGAAAUCAUUAUGGACAACGAGUCAUCACCCGGGAGGCCGACUUAGUUACUGCCCAUGAGUUUGGACAUAAUUGGGGUUCUGAACAUGAUCCUGACAUUACAGAAUGCAGUCCAAGUGCCAGUCAGGGUGGAUCAUAUCUCAUGUAUACCUAUAGCGUAAGCGGAUAUGACGUUAACAAUAAGAGAUUUUCACCAUGUAGCCUACGAUCGAUCAGGAAAGUCCUACAGGCCAAAUCUGGUAGAUGUUUUUCAGAACCUGAGGAAUCAUUCUGUGGUAAUCUUAGAGUUGAAGGAGAUGAGGAAUGCGAUGCUGGGCUUCUAGGUACUGAAGAUAACGAUGCUUGCUGUGAUAAAAAUUGCAAACUACGUCGGAAUCAAGGAGCCGUAUGCAGUGACAAAAAUUCUCCAUGCUGUCAAAAUUGUGCAUAUAUGCCACUUGGAGUUAAAUGCCGCGAUGCACAAUAUGCAACUUGCGAACAAGAGUCAAGAUGCACUGGUGCAUCAAGUGAAUGCCCUCGUUCUCCACCAAUGAAAGAUGGCACAGGGUGUUUGGAGCGGGGUCAGUGUAGACAUGGAAAGUGUGUACCAUACUGUGAAACACAAGGAUUGCAGAGUUGUAUGUGCGAUAUAAUUGGAGAUGCCUGCAAAAGGUGUUGUAGAAUGAGUUUAAAUGAGACCUGCUUCCCUAUAGACCCUCAAGAUAUUUUGCCUGAUGGAACACCAUGCAUUCAGGGCUUUUGUAAUAAGGGAAUUUGUGAAAAAACUAUACAGGAUGUUGUAGAACGAUUUUGGGAUAUCAUUGAGGAUAUUAAUAUCAAUAAGGUGAUGAGGUUCUUGAAAGACAAUAUUGUUGGUGCUGUAAUCAUUGGCACUGCUAUACUAUGGAUUCCAGCAAGUUGUAUUGUGAAUUACAUUGAUCGUAAGAAAGUUAAAGAAGCUGAAAAACGAUGGCGGUGGAAGAACACAGAUGAACUUAUUCAUCCUGAUGAACAAAGACAAGUUAUAUAUGUAGGAUUGCCCCGACAAAGAUUACAACAGACUACGCAGCAGUCCUAAUUUUUAUUCCAUUUAAUCUAAUUAGUAAGCAGAAUCGUGAGUAGAACUAGUCACACAAAAAAACUCAUUACCUGGAGGGCAGUAACGUUUUACACGUUGAACCUAUUACUGAGAGUAAAAUAUUUUAAAAUCUUCUCAUUAAAUAGUAUAAGUAUUUAAUUUUUACAGUAUACAAAAAAGCUACCAUUUUACUGAAGUAUUGUUCGAUGUACUUAUUACAUACUUUAAUUUAUAUUGUUGAACGUCCAAAAUUAACAUUAGUGUACAUAUGCACUAAAAGUGCAAACAAGUUACCCAAUUUUAGUCUUAACUGUAGGAUACUGUCGAAUAUAGAUUUUUAUAUAAAUAAUAUAUAUACAUAUAUGCUCUAUUCAUUGUAACACAAAGUGCAAUAAAAAA